AAUCAACGGCUUCGAAACGGAAACGAGGUGAUCCUGUCAGAUAAACCGCUCAACGUCCCGUUACCUUAGCAUGAUCAAAAUCACUUCUACUUUUCUCCAAACGCUGCGUUUUGCUAAAAUGCGCAUUCUCUGAUGAAUUUAUCUUCCAUACUCUCUCCUUAGUCUUUUCGGGAAAAACUUAAAGGAAGGAGCUUCAGUAAAACAAUCAUGGCGAAUUGGAUCUCUUCCAAGCUCAAAGCUGCAGAAAGCAUUCUUCAGCAGAUUGAUCAGAAAACUGCGGAUUCGCUCAAGAAAAAUGAGAAGUCCCAAAUUGAUGAAUUGAAUUUCGAUAGUGAAACCAAAACCGGAGCAAGUUUGCCUCUGAAGGACCAAUUGAAGAAGAAAACCCAGGUAAACAAUGAUUUUCAUGGAACAUUGCGUAGUGAUCCGAUUAGUCUUAAGAGUCCUAGUGUUAGUAAUAGCAAGAAUGAGAGUUCGAGUUCGCCCAAAGAGGUCGUGGAUGCUACUACGAAACCUAAAACAACGCUUACCGAUAGCGAUUGGACUCAACUCCUUGGUACCCCGAGUCAGCCUACAACAUCUGGUGCCUCGAGUCGUGGCAAUGGACAUUCUGGUAUUCGGGGUUUGAGGAAAGAUGGGAGGCGGCAGGGUGGUUCUGCUUCAGUUUCAGCUGGAUCAGAGGUUAGGAGGAAUCAGAAGAAUAAUAAGAGUGUUUCAAAACCGGUGAGGAGAACAAGUAGUGUGGAAGAAAACAAGUUGAAUGGGAAGGCCAGUGAUGGAGAUGAUCUUGGAUUUUCAAAUUCAACAGGGAGAUCUUCCAAUGUAAAGCUGCAGAGUGCUGGUGGUAAGCUUUCGGAAGGGCGAGAAGUUGAUAAGGGAAAUGAAGGAACUAAUAGAACUUCCACUUUGAAGACUUCCUUGCAGUCAGUAAAUAAAAACCAUAUAACUCAAUCUGAAAUGGUGUCAACUGUGGAGAAAGUUGAUGUGGUAUCUGAUGUUAAGAUGCAAAUGGCUGAGGGCCGUGAUCGUUUAGGGAGUUCUCUAAUGAGGAAACAUGAUUCUAAUCAUGUAGCUUCUAGAAGCUCUACCUCUGAUGAUCUAAAGAAAAGUUCCUCUUCAAUGAGCUAUGGGAGCUCUGAUUCGAGAUCAGAUUCUGGUUCAAGUUCUGACUCUGAAGAUGAACGGGAGAGAGAGGAAAGGAGAAGGAGAAGAGAAAAGAUUCUGGCCGAAAAGGCGGCAGCUAAAGCUGUGGAGGCCAUCAAGGAACGGGAAAAUAUGGUUGCCAGAUUGGAAGGAGAGAAGCAAAGCUUAGAGAAGAUAUUUGAAGAACAAACCAAACAGCAAGCACAAGAGGCUUCAAAGCUGCAAUUAACUAUGAUGGAGACGAUGGAAGCUGUUGAGUUAGAGAAGCAAAAACAUAAUAAUACAAGAAUGGAAGUCUUAGCACGAUUGGCUAAAUUGGAGACGGCGAACGCAGACCUUGCAAGAUCUCUUGCCACUGUGCAGUGGAAUCUUGAAGUAGAGGUUAACGAAGUGGCUGAAAUUCGACAACAAAUCGAGUUGAAGGAAGUGAACAAUGAAGAGCUGGAAAGGAAGAUUUUUAAUAGUCAUCGGACUGGGACAUCUUUGAAGAAACUUGCGGCCUCAAAAGGAGUUGAACUUGAGAUACUGGAGGCAGAGUACUCUCUUGCGACUGAUAAAAUUGGAAAAUUGCAAAAUAAGGCAAAGCAGCUGGAACUGAAUAUUGACAUGACUAGGAGAGAAUUGGAGGAACCGACAGAAGUAGAGGUUGAGCUAAAACGCAGGCUUAACCAGAUGACUGACCAUUUAAUUCAGAAACAAGCACAGGUUGAGGCUCUUUCUUCAGAGAAGGCUACCAUUCUAUUCAGAAUUGAGGCAGUUUCAAAGAUGCUCGAAGAAAACAAAUCAAUGACCGACUUCUCCAGCACAUCAUCAUCGAGGGACUUAGAAUCAGGAACAUGGGAGCUCUCUGAUUCAAAGUUGAAGCCUCUAAUCGAAGACAAAAUUCGUUCAAGCAAGAAGCAUUUGUAUUCAUUGGUUCAACAGUUCGAUGCCAUAUUCUUGGCAGGAGCAGUGUUUUUGAAGAGGAAUCCAACGGCCAAACUAUGGUCUUUGGUAUACCUUGUCUGCCUACACUUGUGGGUCAUCUAUAUUCUGAUGUCGCACUCUCAACCGUCGAAUGAGUCCGUAUCUGGUGCAGUUUUUUCAUUGGAAAAUAUCAACAAAACUUCAGGAUUAUAAUUUGUGGACUUUAGUUUCAUUUUUACUUUUUUUUUUGUUCUGCUUGUGGGGAAGCUGGGAGGAUUAUUCAUUUCAUUUGUCUGGGGUGUAAUCUGUGCAGUGUAUUUUCAUGCCCAGUAGCACGCUGAUCAGGGAUGUACAUGUACGUAUUUGUGUAUCAAUGAAAGUAUAUAUAUAUAAAUAUAUCUAUAUAUAUAAAUACAUUACAGGAACUAGCUUCACAAUGUUUUUAGGUUACAUGUGUUUAUGACUUAUAGAUGUCCACAUCCUUCUACCUAAUUUGGGGCUUCGUAGAUUGAGGUUGAACUUUUGGAAUUUGUAAUUUGGGUCUUUUUUUA